AUGGUCGGGAUACAACAAGAUCCUGAGGGUGUCAUCGACCCCUCCUCGGGGCUAAUCGCGAAGAACCAAGCAGGAAACGGACUGCAAGUCUCGGGAGAUUGCUUAUUUCCGCAAUCAAAGGACUUGACCGGCCAGGGAAGACAGGACUACGGCGACGUUCGACACAUUCAGUCUGUGCUAGAUGUCCAUGGAGGAGAGCACUCGAAACAAACAACUUCGUUCUUGGUUCUGGCAUGGGCUAUCCUCCUCAAAGAAUACAACAUAUCUGAAUCUUUCCUUCUCUCGGUUCAUGGGAACAAAGAUUGCGUUCGGCAUAUCCCAUUCAAAGUACGGCCAGCAUCUUCAAUAGAUUCAGCCGUGAAGGAGACGGCGGAAUUUCUCAGAUGGCCCAGUCUCCCCGUUGAGUCAGAAGCCCAGACAGGGGAGAACGACGAAAUAGCCUCCCGUGUCACGCUGAAAAUUAUGAACUGCCACGAUCGUCCACCGAAGGAACGUGCCGACUUCCGACUCCGUUCGCAUGAAGCCCUACAAUUGAUGUGCUGGCUGCAAGCGGAUACACUCAUAGACGCCCAUAUGUACUAUGACGCUAUGAAAUGUAUUGAUGAACAGGCACGGCGGUUUUUAGAUCAAUACCAAAGCAUUUUAAAACAACUCAUGCAGCAAGAUGGAACCCAAUCCCUCGGAGAUAUCGACGUGAUCAGCGGCCAAGACAAGGCCGUUCUGAUGAAUUGGAACUCGAAAGAUAUUUUGAGAUCGCAAUGUCUGCUGCAUGAGUCCUUCCAAGCAAAAGCACGUGAAUUACCCACCCAGAACGCGGCUAUCAGCACUGAGGGAUGCUUAACAUAUGCAAAAUUGGAUGAGCUCUCUUAUAUUCUCGCUGCGACUCUGGUCGAGCGCGGUAUCGGCAGGGGAGCAAUUGUCCCCAUCUUAUUUGAAAAGUCGCUCUGGGCUAUCGUCAGCAUAUUGGCCGUCUUGAAAGCGGGCGCGGCAAGCACAUCGAUAUGUGUGAGCCAUCCAACUCCCUAUAUUGCCAAAGUGAUAGAACAGACCGGGUCCGCGGUGGUGCUGACAUCGGAGACCGAAUACGACCGAUUGACGCGGUUGAAAGAUGUUGAUGGCCUGAUUAUUUCAGAGAAAACGUUGAAAUCAUUGCCCCAGCCAUCAACGAGCUGGCAGCCCCCGAAAGGCAAUGAAGAAGACAUUGCCUGCGUUCUGUUCACGUCUGGAAGUACGGGUCAACCCAAGGGCGUUCUUUUAAGCCACCGAGCUAUCAGCACGACGAUGCACCACCACGGGCAUGCCACGGGCAUUGAUGGUCCACCAAAGACCCUCCAGUUCUCGUCAUAUGCAUUUGAUAUGGCCAUCUAUGAGAUCUUCCAUGCACUGGUGCGAGGAGGGACAGUAUAUACCCCAUCAGAGGAGGAAAGAUUGCAUAGCCUCCCGUCUUUCAUCUCAAAAUACCAACCGACAUGGGCGUUUAUCACACCCACAAUUCUCAGAAACUUCACUCCCUCGGACCUUCCGACGAUGGAAACUAUUGUUGUUGGGGGCGAAGCGGUGGGUAAUGACCUGGUCCAAACAUGGGGUGAUAGGUUGUACAACGGCUUUGGGCCAGCCGAAGUGAGUAUCUGUGUGGCAACUCGAAUGAACCCACGAUGCUGGGUGGAUGGAACAAUAGGCCGGCCUGUUGGGUGUAUUGGGUGGAUUGUGAGCCCCCAUAACAUGAACAUCCUGACCCCAAUUGGAGGAAUAGGCGAACUUCUCGUGGAAGGACCGAUAGUUGCUCACGGAUACUUGAACGAGCCAGAGAAAACCGAACAAGUCUUUGUUUCAGCUCCCAGCUGGAGGUCUACCUUUGACAUUCCACUUCGCGGUGCCUUCUUCAGAACCAGCGACCUGGUUCAAUACAAUCCGGACGGCUCGAUGCGAUAUAUAGGCCGAAGGGACAACGUGCGAAAAAUCAAUGGUCAACGGAUAGAUAUCGAAAACAUCGAAUUCACCCUGCGACAAUUGGAGACGAACAUGGAUAUCUCGGUGGAUGUUCUGAUGUUGCCGGGCGCCCACCGGCAAGAGAAAGUCGUCGCGUUCUUCGCGGAGAGGACAACCGCCAAUAAACUGAGAGUGAAAUCGUUGUGCAAAAUUGGUGCGCAUGGAGAGAUGAAGCGUUACAGUAGAGAGGAUGCGAUUCGAGAUGAAAUGAGGCGCCUUCUGCCGCGGUACAUGAUCCCUGCCAUUAUGGUUGAGCUCCCACUUCUACCCAAGACAGCUACUGGAAAAGUCAAUAAAAAACAGCUCGCCAGCAUUCUCACCGGGCUAAAAAAUUCCGAGUUUACCAAACUCCUUAAGUCCAGGGUGAAUGGGAGACCCAAGCGAACUGCGCUGUCCGCAGCCGAGCAUCAAGUGGCGUCUCUGGUCCAAGAGACAUUGGGACUAGAUGUGACAGAUUUAGAUAUGGACAUUAGUCACGCGCGAAAGGCUGGAAAGUCUCUAAACACCUUGGAUCUCUUGCAACACGAUCUGAAAUUAAGGGACUUGGCGGGAAGAAUUCAAAUGUGGGAAGCAGCAACUUCUCCGGAUAAGUCUACUGCGAUCCCAUAUUAUUCUAUGCUCCCGGAAAAUGGAGAUGAUCGUACCAAGAUUUUGAAAAUGGCCCGAGAGCAAUGCGGCAUUGGGGAGGAGUCCAUUCAGGACAUCUACCCAUGUACAUCUAUUCAGGAGGGUCUUUUCUCUGCCACCUCCGGUGGCUCCGGGGCUUACGUCGAUCAAUUCAUGCUAACGCUAUCUCCCGAGGUCGACCGGCGCCGGUUGGUGAAGGCAUGGAACAGCGUGGUUCGAUCCAGCGACAUACUGCGAACCCGCAUCAUUCAAACAUCCAUCGGGAACUACCAGGUCGUCACGGUCUACUCUGAGCUCUUGGUGCAAUACUACACUUCUCAGGAACACUAUUUGGCAAGUGAAGUUUCCAUGAAGAUGGGUGCCGGAGCUCCUCUAUUCCUCGUUGGUUUCACAGACCCGGACACGGAGUCCAGAGCAGAGGAAAAGUACGGUUCCAUGCCAAAGGCACAGCUCGUUAUCACUAUUCACCAUGCAGUAUACGACGGUUGGUCGUGGGAAAUGAUGUUACAAGAUGUUGAAGCCGCAUACCGUGGUGAAUCACUGCCUCUGCGCCCGUUCUCGGGAUUCGUUUCCUUCCUUCAAGACCGAGAUCUUGCCCGCGAACAGGAUUUCUGGCGUUCCUACUUUCGCGAUCUCAACUCAGCUAACUCCCAACCAGGGAAGGGAGAAAGUGAUCUGUCAGUACUUACUAGCCCUCAAGUGACCCCAGCAAUCAAAGUCCAUUUGGCAUGGGCUAUCCUUAUCUCAUUCUACACUCAGUCUCCUGAUGUGGUGUACGGGACCAUCAGCAACGGAAGACUGUCCUCGUUGACGGGAAUAGAUGACAUUAUGGGGCCGACGAUGGCCACCAUCCCUUUCCGUCACACGAUUGAUCGAUCUAUGCGCGUUGACCAGGCGCUUCAAAUGACACAUGCAAACAUGCAGUCAACCCUUGAAUGGCAGCAUGCGGGAUUGCCCUCCAUUUCCCGUACCAGUCAUGAUGCAUCUACAGCGUGUAUGUUCCAAACCCUGGUCGUGAUCCAACCGUCAAAGGCUCCACUGGAAUCAGCGGUCUUUGAAUCUGUCGAAGAGCGACUGGGGGCAGACGGGUUUAUUCCGGGGUAUUCGGUUAUUCUGCUAUGUACCCCUGGCAUGACGGACCAGAGUUGGGAGUUGGAGCUCCUACUUGACGAUGAAAUCGUUCCCCGGGCUCAAGGGGAGCGUAUUCUUCGUCAGUUCAGCCAUAUCCUGUCUCAAUUGCACGAGGCAACGUCUAUUCGCAUUGACCAACUGGAUCGAUUAUGCUUAGCGGAUCAGGUGCAACUAUGCGAGUGGGAACUACCUGGGCCCAGCCGCGUCGAGUACACGAUCCAUGGCCUCGUCAAAAUCCAAUGCCAGAUUCGCCCAAAAGAGCAGGGGGUUUGCGCCUGGGAUGGAUCUUUCACAUACGAAGAAUUACAGCAGUUGUCUGAGACAGGUGCGAUCGGACUGCGUGCCAUGGGCAUUGGGGCAGGGGCUAUUGUUCCUAUUUGUCUGGAGCGCUCCAAGUGGCUGGUCAUCGCCAUUUUCGCCGUCAUAAAAACCGGAGCUGCGUUUGUCCUACUGGAUCACAAUGCAGCCUACGAUCGAAACCGAAGCAUAUGUAACGCAGUAGCGGCACAAUGGAUUGUAACGUCCGCUGCAUGUACGGAAUACUGCGAGAGCUUUGCCCCUCAACUUCUGCUGGUCUCCGAUCAGGCAGUGCGAGGGGAUUGCAUUCAGCCACCGCCUGUGGACAAUGAUGUAGACUCCUCGCACCAUGGCGACCUGCUCUAUGUGGUUUUCACCUCCGGCUCGACCGGAAACCCCAAGGGCGUGGAAAUUGAACAUGGAUCUUACUGCUCUGCCCUAGUUGCGCAGCGUGAAAAACUCCAUAUUGGAGCCGGUAGUCGUGUCUUGCAAUUGUCUUCAUAUGCAUUCGACUCCUUUGCGGUCGAGAUAUUCACGACGCUGUGUACCGGCGGCUGUGUCUGCAUUCCAUCUGCCGAAGAGCUGGCUGGGGGAAUUGGUCCAGCAAUUCGGCAAUACCGAGCCGAAUGGAUUUGCCUUACUCCUUCUAUGCUUCGGCUCAUUGCACCUUCUGACGUUCCCAGCGUGAAGACUGUGGUCGCCGUCGGAGAGACGUUACAACCCUCCCAGGUCGCAGUAUGGGCCACCGCAGUCACGUUGUUGUGCGGUUAUGGGCCGUCUGAAUGUUGCACCGGAGCAACCGUUCAAACCAUACACGGCAAAUCUGUUGACCCUCGCAAUAUUGGGAGGGGAAUGGGAUGUUCGAUAUGGGUGGUGGACCAGCACGACCACAAUCGGUUGAUGCCUAUCGGGGCAAUUGGAGAAUUAGUCCUCCAGGGGCGCAUCGUUGGGCGCGGCUAUCUGAACGAGCCGGAAAAGUCCAGUUCUGUAUUCUUGGAUCAAACCGAAUGGUCCAGCAACAUGGAUUCAUCUUCUGUGGAGAGGUUGUACAAGACAGGCGACCUGGUGCGGCUCAAUCCCAAUGGGACCUGCCUCUUCCUCGGCCGGAAAGAUCAUCAAGUAAAGCUGCGCGGACAACGCCUCAAUCUAAUGGAUGUCGAACACCAUUUGACGGAAACUCUCGGAUCCCAGUUCACUACGCUCAUGGCGGACAUAAUCAAACCGAGUGCAGGCGCAAAUGAUGGAGACGGUCAUCCUAUGCUCGUGGCAGUGGUUGAAACGUCAAACAAAGAAAUGUUCAGCACUUCCACUUCCCAGGUUGAAUCUAGAAAUGGGUCCUUGUUUGUCCCCCCAAAUUCCCGAUUUGCGCACACAGUCUCCCAAGCUGAACAGGAGCUCUCGGCCACCGUGCCGGCGGUGAUGAUUCCCUCUCUGUGGUUUCUCACGCGCCAAAUGCCGCUCACGAUUUCCGGCAAAGCCGAUCGACGAAAGGUUCGAGCCGCGGCUGAAUUGCUAUCCCCCGAGAUGCUCUUGUCUCUCGGAUGUACUGGUGCCCAGGCGAGAGAUGCCCCGUUGGCAGCUACGGAGACCACCGCGUGGGCGGUGUCUGAAGUGGUGGCUGACGUUCUUCAUUCGCGGUUGAAAGUGGACAGAAGCCGCGUGGUGGGGAAGAAUGUUACACUGUCUCGCACUGGCCUGGACUCUAUCGACAUGAUGGCUAUCUCCGUGGCGAUUUCCAGCCGUUUCGACGUUCGGCUGUCCGUGGCACCACUCUUUCGAGCCGGCUUAACCAUUCGCGACGUGGCUCUCAUGAUCUCGAUGCCACCUGCCAUGCAAGCCCUGAGGCCCGGGCCGUCAGUGACAAUGGACCUUUGGGCAGAGUACCAAAUUCUACGAGAGAAAAUACGUAGCAUUUGUGUACAGUCACGGAAAUUGCAGGAUUCCAAUGGUCUCGUUGUAGGUCCAGAUGAGAAAAAUGCUCGAACUGGGCACGUUCUGUUAACAGGUGGCACCGGCUUUCUUGGGACGCAUAUCUUGAAGGCCCUGCUUGAAGAUCCCCGGGUACAGUCGGUCACGGUCCUUGUUCGCGCCGAGUCAGACACGGUGGCGAUGCGGCGUGUCGUUCAAAGCGCUCAUGUCGCAGGCUGGUGGAGAGAGUCCUACCGAAAUCAGAUUCGGGCAUGGAAAGGAUGUCUGUCCAAGCCUUGUUUGGGGUUGUCUGAAAGUCGGUGGAAGAUACUGUGCGGCCGUGGAAAUUCGGAGGGAGGAUUUGACAGUGUGAUUCACAACGGCGCCUGGGUUCAUUGGGGCCAAGAUUACCACAAACUUCAGUCAGUCAACACAGAAAGCACGGUCAACCUGUUACGUGCCCUGACGCAGCUGGCAUAUCCCGUGGCAUUCACAUAUGUCUCGGCUCUCCUGCCCAGCUGUCCAGUCAAGGAUGACGAUCGUAGUGUGGCCAAGGUUUUGUCCACCUCCGAUGGAUACAGCCAAAGUAAGUUUAUGUCCGAACUGGCUAUCAAAGAGUUCCAUCGAAAUUCAUCCUGCAAAAAUCUUCAUGUGAACAUCGUUCGGCCAGGCUGGAUAAUUGGAUCUACGGACAUCGGGAUGGCCAAUGUGGGCGACUAUCUCUGGCGUGUGGUGGGCUCCGCUCUGGCUUGUGGUGUGUACAACAAUGAAGAGGACCCCAACUCGUGGAUCUACAUCUCUCCCGUGGACCUCGUUGCGGGCUUGAUCAUCAGUCAGACUCUGGACGGACCUCGAGCCUCAAUGGAGAGUCACACUGAUGGUCCUCAAUCUCCCCAGAUCACGUCCAUCAUUGAUGGCCUUGCCGCACCGGAUUUCUGGCGUGCUGUCUCAACAGCGUGCAGCCAGAUCUUCGGCAGCCAUCUCCAACCUUGCCAAGGAAGCAGCUGGUUACACCGGAUGAAAGGAAGCAUGAUGGCAAUCGGGGGGGGAGCAUCUGCUUUGGCCGGUGUUUGA